AUGUUGCUUUUCAAAUCACAAGCCUUGUUCUACCUGGCGUUCGCUCAGCUCUGUGCGUCUGCUUCCAUUGACACCCAGGACAUCGCUCCGCGUGAUGCGUUUCUCGACAAUUACGGCAGCAAUAUGUGCAACCAGGUCGGGUGUGACGUGAUGGCCUGCGCCAAAAACCCUGACGAUGCCCUCGCCGUGGUGUCCGGCGGAGUCAGUCUCAUUGUAGGUCCUGACUGCGUCGGAUGGGAGGAGGGCAGUGUUAUCGAACAGGCACCCGGAACCGACAACAAGACUUGUUCUGACGGCCUUACUCUCUACAAAGGCAGAUUGUGGAUAUGGCGAGCCUGGAACAACGUCGGUGCGAAGAAGUACUACGCCGAGUUUCUUGACUGGGAGAACUUUAAGGGCGCCAAAUGUUGGGGUAAGCAGGACGUUAAGUGUCAGAAGAAGGGGACUAAGAUGGCGCCUUCGGACCCGGACACCAGUCUUUGUGUGCCGUGGGGUUUGUAA